AUGCAUGAAGGAAAUCGUUUCAAGACCUUGCGGCAUUUGUGUAAGUGUCGACGCGAUUUGGUUGCCAUAGCAACAGCCAAUCAUAUUAGAGAUACACGUUGCAAUGGAUUUGGGCGGUUUGCUAUUGCAUUUGAGUGUCGUCAGUCGAUGAAGACAAUGUCAGCACCAAUCGCAACAUCAACUGCUAAUGAAGCGACUGCAUCUAUGGUUGGCAUCAUCGCAUCUGAGGAAGUUAAUGACGAUAAAAAUGUCAACAACACCACUGGUGAUACAAUGAAUGGAGAGGAAACAUCAUCACAAGCGGAAGAAAGUACGCAAAAACCAUGGGCAACUCCACGGCAGGAACCGGUGAAUGGAAUUGUGCAACCACCAGUUAUACCUCCAGUUGGUAAACCAACGCGGCAUACCAAUCAAUUGGAUUUUAUGUUAAAAGAAGUACUGAAGCCAGCAAUGCGUCAUAAACAUGCAUGGCCGUUUCUCAAGCCUGUUAACGCCGUACAACUUAAGCUGCCUCGAAUGAUUGUUCAUGGGCCAAAUUAUGAGCUUAUAUAUUUUUUUCUGAAUUUUCAAAAUUUUAAUCUUGAUAAUAAGGAAAGGGCUGUGCAUUUUUCAUCUGAAUUGCAAAUUCCUCAGGAUUAUCAUAAAGUGAUCAAGAGGCCAAUGGAUAUGCAUACAAUAGAAAAUCGUUUGAAAAAUCGUUAUUACUGUUCGGCUAAAGAUUGCAUGGAGCUAAGCGGUUAUCUAUCCACAGCAAUGUUCUGUGGAAGUAGUUUGAAUGCGAAUGUACUAAUUCAAUUAUCAUCAGCCCUUAUGUAUUAA